AUGAAAUCUGAAUACUCGGGCUAUGCUGAAAGGUCGCUUCAGCCGACCCACAAGCCAAUUGACCAUAUAUACUUGGACAGGCUUCGGCACUUUACUGAUGGAGGUGGCCAGUACGGUAGUCUCAAUCUCCCUAAAUUGUACGACCUUGACAGGGUUGAUACUAAUACUGAGUAUAUCAAUAUCAAGUCGUGGAAAGUUCCUGAUGGUCCCAAUGGCGAAACGAAAAGACCACUUUUCAAAGAUAUUGACUGGAAAAAAAUUGAAUGGGAAGAUGCCAAUAAAGGGUAUCUGUUCGGCCCAUCUUGGAAGACAUUUUGGUUCAAGGUCGAUAUGGAAAUUCCACCAAAAUGGUUGAAAGACUCGCCAGAAGAGAUCAUUUUCGAAUGGGAAGCCGACAAUGAAGGGUUAUUGUACGACGAAAAUGGUUCGCCAAUUCAAGCAUUUUCCAGCUCGGGUCAAAGAUCGGUUUGCUACCUUCCUAAAAAAUGGUGGAAACUGGGAGUCCAGCGCUUUUACCUUGAAAUGGCUUGUAAUGGCAUGUUUGGUCUUGGAGACCAAGGAAAACCAGACCCCAAUAGGUACUUCAGAUUGAAUACCUGUGAUCUUAUCUUGCCCAAUGUGGAGGCCCGCAAAUUGUACUGGGACUUUUGGAUUCUCAGCGACGCUGCUCGUGAGUUACCGGGGCUGUGGCAGAAGUACCAGGCAGCCCUGGUGUGUAACCAGAUCAUGAAUGCGUUCGAUGUGAACGAUCCCAAAACUGUGGGAACUGGAAGAAAAUUGGCCAAGACACUUCUUGGAAAAGAUAUUGAUUCUGAUGAUGUUUUCCACCAAGAUGGAGGAGACGGAAGAAUAGACGUUUUCGCCGUGGGAAACUGUCAUAUCGACACCGCUUGGUUGUGGCCGUUUGCAGAAACCAGGCGGAAAAUUGUUCGUUCUUGGACAUCCCAAUUGAAAAUUGCAGACCAGUAUCCUGAGUAUGUCUUUGUUGCUUCUCAAAUGCAGCAAUUCAAGUGGUUGAAACAGGACCAUCCCGAUGUAUAUGCCAAAGUGAAAGAAAAGUUCACCACAAACCAAUUUUUGCCGGUAGGUGGUUCGUGGGUAGAAAAUGAUACCAACAUUCCCAACGGAGAGUCGUUGAUGAGACAGUUUUUAUUGGGCCAGCGGUUUGAAAUGAACGAGUUUGGGGUCCACGCAACGACUUUUUGGCUUCCUGACACUUUUGGCUACUCUUCUCAGAUUCCUCAGCUCUGUCGGCUUGCUGGAAUGGACAGAUUUCUCACCCAAAAAUUGUCGUGGAACAACAUAAACCAGUUUCCUCUAACCACCUUCAACUGGGUCAGCUUGGACGGAUCUCAGGUCUUGGUCCAUAUGCCCCCAGCCAACACUUAUACUGCCGGUGCUCACUUUGGCGAUGUUGUACGGUCGCAGCACCAGCACCAAAAUUUGAGAGAUGUGCCCACGGGAUUGUUGCUUUAUGGUCAUGGAGAUGGUGGUGGAGGUCCUACCGAGGAAAUGAUCGAAAAACUUCGCCGGUGCCGUGGUUUUGCCAAUUCUACUGCCGCUAUACCUACGGUCCAUGUUGGACUGACAAUCGACGAUUUUUAUAACGAUGUUCUUGCAAAGAGCAACAAUGGUGCCAAUCUUCCCACCUGGCGUGGAGAAAUGUACCUCGAGUUCCAUCGGGGAACCUAUACCACUCAGGCCAAAAUCAAAAAGUUUAUGAGAUUGGGAGAGGUCAAGCUCCAUGAUUUGGAGUACUUGGCUACAUUGUUGAGUCUUACCGAUAAGGACUAUAAGUAUCCUAAAAAGGAGCUCCAGGCUCUCUGGGAAGACAUUUGUUUGUGCCAGUUCCACGAUGUUUUGCCUGGAAGUUGUAUCGGCAUGGUUUACUAUGAAGAGGUGUAUCCUAUGUUCGAGAAGUUUUUUGCCAAAAUCAACAAGUUGAUUAAAGAAGCUCUUGGUCAGUUCAAGGGAAAGCCUACGUUUGUUAACACUUUGCCUUGGGCUCGUACGGAGGUUGUUAGGGUUCCUAAGGACGAUUUUGUGUUUGAGACUAUGAGUUCAAGCCAAGAUUGUGUUGUUUCUGAUGGAAAAGCAAUUGCUUCAGUCACGUCCAGCAAUGGAAAGCUCACCGUCAACAAGGUGAAGUAUCCUGCCCAGGUGAAAAAGGUGGAUGAUUUCUACGAAUUGAGUAACGAUCUCUUACUGGCAAAAAUUUCAGAUGAUGGUAUCAUUACUUCGCUCUAUGACAAUGUCAACGACCGGGAAAUUAUCGAUUCUCUGGUUACCAAGGAGACACCAGGAGGCGGAAACCAGUUUAUAUUGGUCCAGGAUGAGCCAUUGACUUACCCAGCGUGGGAUACUGAGCUUUACUCUCUCGAAAAGAUGAAAUUUUUGAGUGGAGGAAAAGUGUCGAUUUUGGAGAACAAUGAAGUUCGGUCUUCGUUGGUGGUCAAACAUGAAAUCUCCAAAGACUCGUCUAUCGAAACUGUUAUUUCACUUGAUGGAGCUACCGACAAAUCGACAAAUUUCCUCAAAUUCAAGUGCCAUGUUAAAUGGCAUGAGACCUACAAAUUUCUCAAGGUUCAAUUUCCAACCACAAUUUACACCGCCACCGACGCCAACUACGAGACCCAGUUUGGAGUCACCAAGCGUCCAACCCACUACAAUACCACUUGGGAUGUUGCCAGAUUUGAGGUUUGUCACCACAAGUUUAUGGACUUGAGUGAGCACAACUAUGGAGUUUCUGUGGUCAAUAACAGCAAGUAUGGAGGUCUGAUUCACGGAAACUUGAUGCGUCUUUCACUUCUUCGUUCAGCAAAAGCUCCUGAUGACGAGGCUGAUAUGGGAGAUCAUGACUUUGAGUAUGCCAUCUUUCCUCACGAAGGUACUUUAGGUGCCAGUACGGUUCGCUUGGGAUGGGAAUUCAACUAUCCUUUGUUAUCUUCCAAGGGUGAGGUUCCAAAUGCUAUUUCCUUGGAGGGAGACUCGAGUCUUGUUUUGUCUCAUUUGAAGAGAUCUGAGGAUGACAAGGAAGUUUCGACCCAUGAAAAUAUUCCUUCGAAGGACCAAAAAUCCUUCAUUGUAAGGGUUUACGAAUCUUUGGGAGGAAGCAGCAAAGGAAAGUUGGUGGUGGAUCCCGAGGUUCUCAAGAUCUCCAAGCUUUACCGGACCUGUGGUUUGGAAAACGAGAUCGAAGAAUUGAAGUUGAAUGAGGACCAGAAAGUGGAUAUCAAGUUGAGAGGAUUCGAGGUUGCAAGUUUCAAGUUUGUGCUUAAGUAG